AUGAAGCAGAAUCCUUCUGUAAGUAGCUCAAGAAGAAAAUCCAGACAAGCCCAUUUCGCAGCUCCUUCAAAUAUUCGAAGAAAGCUCAUGAGCUCUCACUUAUCUAAAGAGUUACGUGACAAACAUGGAGUAAGAUCAAUGCCUAUUCGUAAAGGUGAUGAAGUAAUCGUGGUUAGAGGUCUCAACAAGACUCACGCUGGCAAAGUCAUCACUGUUUACAGAAGAAAAUUCAGAGUCCACAUCGAAAGACUUACAAAAGAAAAAAGCAAUGGUCAAACUGUUCAUAUUCCAAUUCACCCUAGCAAUGUUUACAUCACCAAACUAAAAAUUGACAGAGAUAGAAAGAAUCUCAUUGAGAGAAAGGCCGCUCACAACAAGAGCAAAGGAAAGUGGGCCAAGAAAGACAUUUCUUCAGUCGAUUAA